AUGAUUGAGGUUCUAUUGACAGUAGUACCAUCCAUUUGUUGGAUUAUUUAUCGCUGUUAUCAACUACUUCAAACUCCGGUGGAAGGGCUAAUCGAGGAUUUGAAUAUUGAAAUUCCUCAUGCACCCAGUAUUUGCAUUGAUUCAAUAACCCACACCUCCGUGGUUAUUCAUUGGGAUAUCGAGAUAGCAUCCGAUGAAAGCCUUAUAUAUGUGCUUUUGAUCAAUAACCAAGAAGCGGCAACAAUGGGUGUCACAUCAUGCCAACUUAAUAACCUUCUUGAGAACAAAUUGUACCAGAUUCAAGUGGUAGCAAUAAAUGUGGUUACUAACUUCAGGUCUCAAUCUGCUCCGGUGUUUAUUGAGACUCUACCUAAGCCUGCAAACAAGCUUCAAAGUAAUAGGACAUUACCCAUGAUCACCAACAAUGAGAUCAAAGUGUCCAAAAUUAGCCAACUUAGGGACUCUGAUUCGAAAUGUUCUAAAGCUAACUUACCUAUGUAUUUAGAGCCGGAAGAUGUGAAAGCUAACAAAUCAUCUGAAUCAUUGAACGAAUAUCUUUUAGUCUAUCAAAAUGAGUUACGCAAGGCAAAGGAAGAGUAUGAAUUGAACCAUGAUCAUCUUAAUCAGGAAAUAGGCAAAUUGAAUCAAGACUUGAAAAUUUAUAAGAAGGAAUAUGAACAAGAAACUGGGUCUAAGAUGAGGAAAGAUAUCAACGUCAAGGACUUAGAAAAGAGGAGAGAUAAUUUAACUUUCCAGAAAAGUAAGAUUGCUAAAGAGUUGAAAUCGUUCGAGUCGAUGAAUGAUAUUCAUAAGUCAGAAUUAAAUGAUUUGAAGAAUAAGAUCAAGAAAUUGACGGAAAGAAAACAACAGAUUAUGAGAUACGAAAAGACUGACCGACUGAAAAUUGAUAAACAAAUCACUAAAGUUAUGGAUGAAAUAGAAUUAAUGAAAGUAGAGAAUGAUAAAAUUGAAAACGUUUGCAAAACUUUAACUUCGGAAAAGAAAGAGAUGUCUAUUGCGUUGAACAAUCUUAAGCCAAUAGUUGAAUCAUUUAACAGUGAGAUCAUUUUUAAUAAAGAAGGAAAUUUAACUCCGAAAGCUAGUGAGCUAUUGGAUAAGUUAUACAAUGUUCAACCGUCUUGGGCGAACGAUAUUACCAAUGAAAUUUAUAGUUCAGUUAAUUUUGAAAUUAACUGGAAAUCAACGUUCAAGGCGGAAAUUCGGAAGUUUUUAUCAAUUCAACAUAGUUUUGAAAUCGCCAAAGUAAACCAGGAUAAAACAUACCAACCAGUUAAAUUGUCUGAACAUCAGGCUAGUAUAGAAUUUGGCGGUUUUAGCAACGCAUUGCCUAAAAAACAUAAGCGAAGCUUUUCUCCUUUGGCCUCUCUGCAAUCACCAAUGAACGAUGAGAAUAACAACGGUCAAGACAAGGAAUGGUAUAACUUUUACGGCCAGGUUUAUUCGAAUGAUUCAGCCGAACAGCUUCAAGGUAUGCCAAACCAACAGCAAUUUCCCGAACAGUUUGAUUCAAUGCCAUCGCAGGGUAUCACAUAUGAUGAUUCUGUUUACAGUCAAAUAAAUAACGGGUUCCUUAAUUCGCCCGUCCAGGAGGAUACAGUGUUACAAACAGAUUUAUUGAACCAGGACCUUUUAACUCCUAACUCAUUAUUGAUGAAUAAUGAGUCGUAUUUUGGCUAUCAACCUUCGUUACCCAAUCUCAACACUGUGUGGAAUUCAGGAAUAGAUACAAGAAUGAACGCUACCAUGAAUACUAACAUCCCCAAUGCGAACAUUAAUCACUCCAGCGUCAACAACGGUUUAUCCGGUGCCAAUUCCAAUAUGAGCAAUUCUAAUAUCAACGGUUUACCGGGCACCAAUAUGUCCAACCCCAAUUCGAGCUUGAAUUUCGGGUUGAACAGUAUGCCGACAGACUUGAAUAACCACUACAAUAACGAAUUCAAUGGAAAGUAUGGUGAUUUACAAACGCCCUACAACGACUUGAACAGAUUACCGUACAACACCGACAUCAACAUUUUCAACCCGGUGAUGGACCGCAGUGUAUCGAGCCUCAGCAACAAGUACUUUGCUCCCCAAAAUACCGACGUUGAGCUUAAUGACACCCCUACGUCUACAACAAGCAACAAUCCGAUCCCGUCACCGAUAGGCUCCUUGCUUUCUCCGCCACCCAAUGCCACUCACCACCAAAAGGACUUUGGCAAUUUAUGGCUAGACAAACCCUACGCUCUGCACAAUAGAACCGUAUCGGGUUCUAACUCCCAGAUUUGGAGAAAUGACCAACCCUUGGGUCAAAGUCGUAAUUUCAAUUUGCAGUUGUUUUCGUCAACACCUUCGUUAAACAAAAACGAAAGUGACCUAGACUUGGCCCAGAAUACCUAA